AUGGAAUCUACUGCGGAGUCUGACACUCUGGAGUCGGAGGACUUUUUCAUCGACAAGAAAUGCUCUGAAAUCACUGAUAAAACCCUCCUAGAGGAGUUGAGCAACGCGCCAGCGCAGCCGAGUCAGUGGGCAUUGAAUAUGAUGAAGCGUCACUGCCUGGAAACUGUAAGUCUCUGGAUAUUUUGAAAUAGUACCGAAAGUUACUGUGUCUGUUGUAUUAGACGAUUAAAGUCAGACUUGCCAGAUUUCGGGCCGGCCAUGCGGGCCGGCCCGGGUCGGCCCGGGCCGGGCCGGGCCGGGCCGGUAAAGUGCCGGCCCGGGCCGGGCCAGGGUCGGUGAAGUGCCGGCCCGGCCCGGCCCGGUCGGCCCGGUUCAAAAGGCGGGAAUUCAAAUUUUCGCGGAAAUUUUUUUUUCGUUAUUACAAAAAAAAUUUUCGAACUAAAGUUUUAGUGUUUCUUCUUUGUUUUUUUGCUAUUAUGAAUUUUUUAUGAGAAAUACAUUUGUUUUUCAAUGUUCGAUGCUUGCAAAAAACCCCUAAUUCUACAAAAAAUGGCUUCAUGCGAUCAAUAAUUCAAAUUUUGAAUUCCCGCUUUUUGAACCGGGCCGACCGGGCCGGGCCGGGUCGGGCCGGGCCGGGCCGGGCCGGGCCGACGGGCCGGGCCGGGCCGGAGUUUUGAAAUUUCGGCCCGGCCCGGCCCGGCCCUGGCCCGGCCCGGCCCGGCCCGGCCCGGCCCGGCCCGGCCCGUGGCAACUAUGAUUAAAGUGAUCCGGGCCGCCGGCGCGUCCUAUCAAGUUCGACAUUUGGCCCGGGAGUAUUGUAGUCGAUCAUCACUAGAGUCAAACAGCUAAUUUGUCAACUCACUCAUGAAACUAUUCCUGUUAAAUUUCACAACAAAGCGCUGUUCCAUUAUUGUACAGCAAUAAUUAAGCAAUCAGAAUGUGCGAAAUUAUGUGAAAAUUAGAAUUUUCUCUGUUUUACCAUGCUAAUGCUUCUUCUAAUUUUAGGACACAUCCAAAGAAACGCCAGCCAAGAAACCUCGUCGUCGCUCGUGCUUCAACUGUCUUGGUGAUCACACGAUUGCUCAAUGCAGCGAGCCUAGAAAUUUUGCUCGAAUUCGGAAAAAUAAAAAUGAGUUCCUCAGCGCCCAAUCUCAUGCUAACAGUGCGAGGUCAGUAAUGUUGCCACUAUUGACUUCUUGUAAUCAUUAGUAAUUUUUAGAAUCUCCCAUACGCCACAGAACACCGCAUCGAAGUACAAACCAGGACGCAUCGGCACCCGUCUCCGAGAGAUGUUGAACCUUGGUGCGGACGACAUCCCCGAAUAUGUUUAUCGCAUGAGAAGAAUGGGACUGCACGCGGGAUACCCACCGGCGUAUUUGCAGAAAGCGCUCAUAAAAAACCAUAUUGGUGAUACGCUCAAAUUCAUAACUUCCGACAAACAGGAGGAUGAAGACGAAGAUGAGGAGGACGAGAAGACGAGACCGCCGCCAACUGUCGACGCCAACAAAAUUCAUUUCUACAUGGGUUUCAACAAAACGUACGGGGCUCUGAAAGACCGCGAGCAGGGAAGAUACAAUGUCCCUCCGUUUGAUGCCUACGUGAACAUUCUUCAAGAAGUGAGUAUUUGUGAUCAUAGCUUGAGGCAUUAAUUUAUUUCUGCUAGUUGCAAUGCAAGAAGCGCGUGCAGGUGCCCCUCUUCGUACGUGCAUUGUACACUUGCUCAAAUUUUCUUUUAGUGAGAACUAGAAAAAAAUCGAGUGAAUGAAGAUCUGCAAAUUAAAACUCAAGCCAGCUUUCAAUGAGGGAAACGCAUAAGAAAUCCCCAUACCACUAAUUUUUGCUUGUUGUAGAAAGCGAGAAAAAACGGCCCAGUCGUUUUUGCCACUCACGUUUUACCACCGUAACAAUGGGUACGAGUGGCAACAGUAGUCAAACGUUUGAUUUGCCAUACAUUAAAAAAAAAUUAAACAGGCUUGCAAUAAACCGGCCUUGCCGAAAAGUGAAAUUCUUCGGUUCGGCCCGGCCCCGCUUGGUUAGUAAGACAACUUUCCGCUUUCCGUCUUUAUAAAAUAGUUUUUCCGCUCAACGCUGAUCGAGAGUUUCCCAAUUAUGCUUUCAGGAAGUGAACAAGCAACAUGAAAUCGACGAGAAAGUCAGAAUCAGAGAGGUUCGCGAGAACAAGGUGCGCCGUAAGAUGGAGAAGGCAGCUCGCGCAGCCAAGCAGCUCCUGGAGGACGCAGACAAAGAAAUCGUCGCCGAGUCUGAAACUUCUGAGGUCGAGAAGAUUGCGGCACAGAAAAAGGAGUUAGCUGCUUUCGAGCACAUCCCCAUGGUAUGUGUUUUUCGAUUUUCUUUUCAAAUUUUAUCAGAACUAUGUGGUUGAAAUGGUGAAUGAGUGUCGUUCCUGAUUUCCUUCUCAUAGAUAAGCACAUUCAUACAUGUCAAGAUUGUGGUAGUUUGAGGGUGCAGAACAUCAGCGUGACUUUUUGCCUUUUUUUUUUGCUGGCCAAGGCUUUGUCAGGGUUUCCCGAGGCCUGGCUUGUUGAAUUCGGAUCGAAGUACACUGCGCCCAAUAAGUAUAGGACCCCCCUCAGUUUUGGGUGUUCCGAGAAAACUAGAAGAGAUAUCAAAAAUCUGUAUGUAUAUUGUGUCCAUGUUUCAGACCGAUCGGAUUAACUGGUCACGAGAUAUAACGAUCAGAGGCCGAAAAGGUCGCACUUUUCACAAAAAACUCGGGCUUUUCGGAGUCAAACCAGUAUAUCUCGAGACCGGAUACUCCGAUGGGUCUUAAACUUGGACCCAAUACACUUCUAUCCAAGUUCAAGAAGUCUGAAAAACGUAUCGACCGAUAUUGCAAGUGGACCAAAAUCCGGGCCUCAAAAAACCUUCGAAAGGCCCAGGCCAAAAUUUGCCCAGCCAUGGAUGACACGCAAUUGAACGUUUUCUUAUUUUGCAGGGAGAAUCGAUGCUUCAAUACGUGGGAACGCCAGUUUUUGAGCAGAAGAUGGUGGUGCCGGACCUAGCGGCCUUUGCUGUUGGAAUCCUGCCGUUCGAAGCGAGAGAGGAGGAAACUGGAGAGCGCGGAACUUUCAAGAAGCUUUUGGGAAUUAUCCGCACGAAGAAAGCCGAAGUGGAGAAGUAA